UUGUUAUUAUCAAAUCAAUUCCAUCAAAUCACUUUAUUUAUAUUCAUGAUUACUUUGUUUGUUUCCUUUCACUUCAAAUCAUUCCUUUUAUUAACUCCUCAAAACUAUAAAGAAAAAAAUGUUUAACCAACAUUCUUUCAAGCUAACAUAUUGCAUCAUUUAUUCUUUUACAAUUCAACUGUCUCAUUGCGAUUCAAAUCCAAUAAACGAAGCUUUUGAUUAUUGGAAGAACAUUCUUGAAGGUUCAAAACGUUUUCUAGGAACUGUAAAUGAAAAAGACGUCCAAUUCGUUUUAUUCAACAAAAAAUUUGAUGAAAUCUUUUUAGAUGCGACUCAAGAUAACAUUUAUCAAUUUUUUUUACCCGAAAUCGAAACGAAAUUUAUUGUUCACGGUUGGGGUGAGUCUCGAUUUCGGCCUUAUUACAGAACUUUAACUGAAGAAUACACCAAGAAAGGUGACUAUAACAUCGUUCAUGUUGAUUGGUCAAAAGUAGCAAGUGUUGAAUAUAACGUAGCUGUUGAAAAUACUUUUAAAGUAGGAAAGAUCUUAGGGGAGUUUAUAACUAAGUUGUUAACUAGUAAUAUUACAACGCAUGAAAAUGUUCAUUUAUUGGGACAUUCUUUGGGGGGACAUAUUGUUGGUGUUAGUGGGAAAGAAAUUUUUAAGCUUACUGGAUUAAAAGUUCGAAGAAUCACGGGAUUAGACCCAGCUGGACCAUCUUUUGAAAUCCCACCGAUUGAAAUUCAAAAAAGGUUAGACAAACAUGAUGCUGAAAUGGUUGAUGUUGUUCAUACAGAUGGGGGAAUUUUUGGAUUUAUGGAACCACUUGGAACUGUCGAUUUUUAUCCUAAUGGUGGAAAAGGUCUCCAACCUGGAUGUUCGUUAUUUAAAAUUUCGAUUCCACCUACAAUUAAAUCAGCCACAGAUUAUGCAUUUUGUAGUCAUACAAGAAGUUAUAUUUACUUUAUAAAUUCGAUUAAUGAAAAAAUGAUCGCUAAAAAAUGUAAUUCUUGGGCGGAAUUUCAAAAUGGUGAUUGCGAUGGAAAUGAAAAUGUUGUUUUUGGGGAAGAUGUACCUUUUAAAGCUACAGGAAGUUACUUUUUAAGUAUUGUAUAAACAAUGUUUUUGGUACAUUUGUUUUGUUAAAAUUAAAAGUAAUUUAAUGAUACCUA